AUGGACUCGGAAACAUGGGAAGAACUUUUGCAACAUGGGGGGAUGGUAUCUUUCAUGAACGAAUCGAAGGGAUUCCAAGGGAGCUUGAAGGACUCUGCGGAGGACUUUGUUGUCAACGAAAUUGAUCUCGAUGGGAACGUGAUAAAGCUGGAGGAGGACGAAACUGGAUCGAGGUUCGACUAUUCAGGCUGUUCAUACUUGAGAGUCUUGCGAGCUGAUACUCAAACUUCGUCUGGCCCGGAAGCAGUCAAGAAAGCCGAAGUCGAGGAAGAGUGCGCAGGGGAACGAACCAGUGUCCUGUUAGAGCAAAUUGAGGAGAGCCUAUUCAAGGCAGAGCUGAAAGAUCUGAUUUCAGAGGAAGCGAUCAAGCAGGUUGAAACCUAUGCUCAGACAUUGGAAGGGGAUGACAAGGUUGACGAUGUGAAGAGCAAGGGUGUGAUGAUAGAUAUCCCUGAUGCUGAAGCAUUCCUGCGAAGACACUUGCCUGAUGUCUCUGCAGCUCCAGAGAUCUCUGCUCAAGUGACGAAGCUGUUCCGAUCGGCAUGCCAUCACGCAAUGAAGACCAGGUGGCCGUGGAUCAAGACGACGACUGUCGACGGGAAGUUCAUCAAGGCAGAGAAGGAUGCGAUCUUCGACGAGAUCAGUGAGCUCCUGGUGAAAGACGACCUUGAGAAGCUGCAGCUGUUCGCCGUGACAACAAGGCGGAUGAACCAGAAGAAGUGCCAGGAGGGAGUAGAUGCCGCGAGCUCGUUUGUGCUGAUAGGACAGAACGCUGACAGAGCUUGUCGUACGAAGAUCCAUCAGUGCAUCUCACGUUGCCUUCCCUUCUUCCGCAGCACCACGGAGACCAAGCGCAGCGCGGGGGAGGAGGGCGGCGCCAGCGCCAUACGGGUGGAAAGGAAGGAGAUGAAGCAUAUCAAGAGCUCUGAGCUGAACAAGAAGAAUGAGAGGAGGGGGACGAGGCCUCAGAAGUUCAAGAUAGAGGAUGGAGGAUACUGGUACACUGCCUUCGUCCUGCGGAAAGAGCAUGUGGAACACCUCGAAGCAAUCUCUCGCCUUGCCGAUGCCCUGCAAGUGCCUCCCUCCUACUUCAGCUACCACGGCACAAAGGACAAGGUGGGGAUCACGACUCAACUGUUCGCAGUGAGGGGAGUCAAGGGAGAGAGGCUUGCUGGUAUCAGCAACAAGAUCAGCCGCAUUAGGAUAGGGAAAAUCUCCACGUCGUCCUACGCACAGCCGCUAUCGCUAGGCCAUCUGCUGGGAAAUCGAUUUCAGAUCAGAAUCCGAGAAAUUUCAGCGAAGAGGGAGGUGGUGGAGGGUGCGGUUGGAGAGCUCGGCAGGAGCGGAUUCUUCAACUACUUUGGCUCGCAGAGGGUGGGACGGUACUCGGCUGACCAUCUGAUGCCGCACAGAGUUGGAGCGAGUAUGAUGCGAGGGGACUUCGAAACUGCCCUCAAGACCCUGCUCUACGGACAGGGAGACAACAAGGAGAAGUGCAGGCAAGCGAUCGAUUUCUACUAUGAAACGAAGAACAUCUCGAAAGCGUUGAAAAUGCUCCCGCGAGGCAGCAGAGUCCAGGAGAUCGUCCUCAAGGCUCUGCAGAGGAACGGGCACGAAGCGCACUUGGAGGCUAUCAAGGCUCUUCCGCACGGGAUCCGCUCGCUUCACUUACAGAGCUAUCAGAGCUUCGUGUUCAACUGUAUGGUGUCAUUGAGGAUGAGGAAGUUUGGGAGGCAGGCUGUGGAAGGAGAUCUUGUAUGGAGCAGCGAGAGGAUGGCGGAUAGGAAGAGGAGGUUGGAGUUGCUCUCGGAGUGUGCCGAUGGGAGUGGGAAGAGGAGGAAACUUGAUGGGGGGAGUUUCGUCGGGCAAGAGGAGGAUGAAGACGGUGUGGUUGAGAGCAAGAAUCAUGCAGAAGGGACGGAUACGGCAGAAAACAAGAGGAUCAAGACUUUGACCAAGGAGGAUAUUGCUUCUGGCUCGUAUGGGAUUCAGGACGUCAUUCUUCCACUCCCUGGGAGAUCUGUCAUAUAUCCGGACAACGAGAUGAAGGAAGAGUAUCGCAAGCUGCUCGCACAAGACGACGUCGACUUUCAGGACCCUACUGCGAAGCUAGGACCCUUUGCAUCUCAGUGCCCUGGAGGCUACAGACAAGUCGUUGAGUACAUCAAGAGCUGGGAUUUGCUACUUUCCUUCAACCUCCCCAAGAGCUGUUAUGCAACUAGUGCGAUUCGCGAGAUGAUGAAAGAGUGCGUUUAA